GCUGGGCGGGGAGGGCCGGGCUGGCAGCCAUGGAGGACGCCGAUUACUUCGAGGGCAGCGCGGCCGAGUGGGGCAGCGAGGCGGACGGGGGCGCGCAAGAUGAUGAGGAUGGGGAGGGAGAGGAUGAUGCCGAAGUCCAGCAGGAGUGCCUGAAGAAAUUUUCAACCCCUGACUAUAUAAUGGAACCGUCUAUAUUUAACACGUUAAAGAGGUAUUUCCAAGCAGGAGGAUCUCCAGAGAAUGUUAUUCAGCUCCUCUCCGAAAACUACACUGCAGUGGCACAGACUGUCAAUUUGCUGGCCGAGUGGCUCAUUCAGACAGGUGUUGAGCCAAUGCAAGUUCAGGAGACUGUGGAGAACCACUUGAAGAGUUUACUGAUCAAGCACUUUGACCCUCGGAAAGCAGACUCCAUCUUCACAGAGGAAGGAGAGACUCCAGCCUGGCUUGAGCAAAUGAUAGCACAUACCACGUGGAGAGAUCUUUUUUACAAAUUGGCAGAAGCCCAUCCUGAUUGUUUAAUGCUUAAUUUUACUGUGAAGCUUAUAUCUGAUGCUGGGUAUCAAGGGGAAAUAACCAGUGUUUCAACAGCAUGUCAGCAACUAGAAGUAUUUUCCAGAGUCCUUCGUACAUCUCUGGCAACAAUUUUAGAUGGAGGAGAAGAAAACCUUGAGAAAAACCUCCCUGAGUUUGCUAAGAUGGUGUGCCAUGGAGAACACACGUACCUCUUUGCUCAGUCCAUGAUGUCCAUCCUGGCCCAGGAGGAGCAGGGCGGCUCCGCUGUGCGACGCAUCGCGCAGGAGGUUCAGCGCUACGCCCACGAGAAAGGCCACGAUGCCAGUCAGAUCACCUUAGCACUGGGCACUGCAGCCUCCUACCCACGAGCAUGCCAGGCUCUGGGGGCAAUGCUGUCCAAAGGAGCUCUGAAUCCAGCAGAUAUCACUGUCCUCUUCAAAAUGUUUACAAGCAUGGACCCACCUCCAGUAGAGCUGAUUCGAGUGCCUGCGUUUCUGGACCUCUUCAUGCAGUCCUUGUUUAAACCAGGUGCUAAGAUCAACCAGGAUCACAAACAUAAAUAUAUCCACAUACUGGCAUAUGCAGCUAGUGUUGUAGAGAUGUGGAAAAAGAACAAGAGAGUCAGCAUCAACAAGGAUGAACUCAAGUCGACCUCAAAAGCCAUUGAGACUGUUCACAAUCUGUGUUGCAAUGAGAACAAAGGGGCAUCAGAGCUGGUUGCAGAACUGAGCACUCUCUAUCAGUGCAUCAGGUUCCCAGUGGUGGCUAUGGGUGUGUUGAAAUGGGUGGAUUGGACAGUGUCAGAGCCACGCUACUUCCAGCUGCAGACUGAUCACACCCCAGUUCACCUGGCACUGCUGGAUGAGAUCAGUACAUGCCAUCAGCUGCUUCAUCCCCAAGUUCUGCAACUUCUUGUCAAGCUCUUUGAAACAGAACAUUCUCAGCUGGAUGUGAUGGAGCAGCUGGAGCUGAAGAAGACUCUCCUGGACAGGAUGGUUCACCUGCUGAGCCGAGGGUACGUCCUGCCUGUGGUCAGCUACAUCCGCAAGUGCCUGGAGAAGCUGGACACAGACAUCUCCCUCAUCAGAUACUUUGUGACAGAGGUGCUCGAUGUGAUUGCUCCUCCAUAUACCUCAGACUUUGUACAGCUUUUUCUUCCUAUUCUGGAGAAUGAAAGUAUUGCAGGCACGAUAAAAACAGAAGGUGAACAUGAUCCUGUCACAGAGUUCAUAGCUCAUUGCAAAUCUAACUUUAUUAUGAUGAACUGAGCAGUGGAAAACAUCAAGAAUGCAGCCAGAGUUUAUGAUCACUGCUUUGCCAUGCUCUCCACCAGUGAGGUUCUAUAAAUGGGCAAUGCAGCAGCAAAAAAACCCAAGAAAACCAACAACCCACAAACCUAAAACAAGGAGGAAAAGGCUGAAGGGCAUUUGCUUGACUUGCACGGUGACCUUGAAAUUCCUGUCAGAGAAGUGUUUGUGUUUCUUAUCAGAGAACUGUUAAUGUCAUUGGGAAAAGGGAGUGAUACCAAAGGAUAUAAAAUCAAUGCAAGAAACAAUUUAUUUGAAAGAAAAUUGUUUUGGUUACUUGCAGAAUUUGCCACUGAUUCUUUGUGUAAUAAAAACUGAAGAAGGGGUGUGGUAAUUCCUACUAAAAACACUUUGCAGAUAAUUCUUUGAAUUGGUCUUGACUGCUCUAGGCUUUGAUGUUGCAAGCUGUAAAAAAUAGGAAGUUGUGGAAUUUGCUUUAUGCUGCAGAGAAGCCCUAAUGUCUGUUCCUCCCCUUUGCAUUAUUAGAAUUCUUAAUACCCUAAGUGAAAACAAAACCCCUGUUUUGUGUAACACAAGAGUUGUAACAAUCAAGGUUAGUUUUGUAUUAAGAGAUGUAUUCUGUGUGAGUGUGUUACCUUUCAGAAUCUAUUUUUUGCUAAAUAGAUGCAUCAGAUGUUACUGGUAAGUUUCAUUACCAUGUCAUUACUGUCCCAAAAUAUGAAUAUGUUCUGAAAUUUCAUUACUGCUUGUUGUGCUUUUGUUUUUUAUACUUACUCUACUCUGUCCUGGCUGAUGCCAAACAGUGGGAGAUAGACCCAACAAUACAACUUACCUUUAAAUAAAGGUGUUUGUUCUUUUCCAGA